GUCGGCCUUGAUCAAGGCAUUUUGACAGACAUCUACCGAAAAAAGCACUAUGCAUCGACACAGCCCCGAUGCGGGAUGCAGCCGUACCAAUCAGCAAGGCAGUCGGGCGCCCGGUCUCGUAUUCAACGCCCGAGCAGCGACGGGCGCCCGGACAACCCUCACGGGGGCACUUCCCCUAUCGAGAGAUCUGGUCGACCACCAGUCGAUCGCUCGAGAAUAUCCAAUCCGGCCCUACCGAGGCUCUUAAAGCAGGGAAAAAUGAGGCUCCUGGCUAUUGCUGACCAACCGCCACUGAAGGAGGAACGUGCCGAAUGGGCGUGAUCAUUGGCGAUGCUCAACCCAGGUAAAAGCGACACAUCACUACGAUAAAUCUUGCACCCCGAGAUCCUUUGUUCUCCAACUCCGCCAGUCAUCAUGCCCUGGCAAGUUUGUGAGGGCGCACUAGUGUCUUUGGAAUAUAGCUUAUGACCUCUAUUUUACUUCUUCUACUCCGUGCCUUGGUCCACUUUAUAGGUGACAAAUGACAAACACCUAGCAAUGCCAGCAGUCCCCUCCGCUAUCGAGCUGCUAGGAAACUCCCUUGUACAUCGCAGCGCCAACAUCACUUCUCCCAACGCGACGGCUCAGGUUCUAGAGGUUGUCUGCGCUUGGCCAGUUUCUGGGCAAUAUGGCCCGGGAACUCGAGUGCUGUAUUAUGCUUCCAUGGCAGCCUGUAUAUUUGCGCGUAAAGCAGAAUGGAUUCGCAGCGCUUGUCUAGCUGCCGCACUGCUGUUCCCUGCCGUCGCCGCUCUUCAUGGAAUUGUCCUGGCGACUGUUCAUCGAAGCGGUGCUGUCGAUAUGGAUGUGUACGGCGCCUUUCAAUUAUGUGCAAUUGGCAUCCUCACUGCACCGGUCACUGUGCGACUGUCCAAGACGUAUUUCAACAAUCCCGGUCGCAACAUCAUAUUUCUGUGGACUGGCCUCCUUCUUGCUGGACUCCUUAGUUUGACCGUGGAGUUCAUUCGUGUCGAUGCUACAACUUGCCCGCCCGAGGAUUCGGCCACGAUUGUGUGGAGCUUGACAGGUAAAUUCUUUUAUAACAGCACCUGUGGCAUGACCUGUGGCGAUGCUGGCCCGUAUUCACCUUUACGAAAAGGGUCGGCCGACAAUAUCUACGUGAUCCCUGUACCGCAUCAGCUUACUUUCAACACGGCGACACUGCUCGCAGCCGCAUGCUGCAUUCCCGCCAUCCUAUCGCUCGUAUCAAUGUGGAUUAAGAUUCUAGAGAAGAAUUGGGAGAAAAUAGCUUUCAUAGAUCGACCCGAUGAGAAGCCUGAUGAACAGCCUAUCGAAGGCACCAAUGGAGCGACUCCGAAGCAGAUGAAUGGAAUUGCAAACAAAAUCCGAGGCUGGUUAACAUUGAUUGAGAUCCCAGUGUUUGUCGGAGCGGUACUGGCAAUCUUGAUCAAAGGCGAGAUGAACUUCUUCAGCGAGCCCGUGCAAUAUCAAACCGAGCCCAUUGAAAGUAUUGGUCAAUGGGCACCGGUUAUCGGUACCGGACUUGCUGCAAUCGGAUCGCUGUAUCUUCUACUCGCAGCCGAUAUGGAGGCUGAGGAGAAGAACGAGAACCAGGAACCAGAGGCUCCAAAUUUAGAUCAACCAGACGGACAAGUUAUCACACAAUGUCAAUCAUGUGCAAGAUGCAGCCAUAUUAUCUCGAAUGACAUCGCAGACAAGGACUCGGAUUCCCAACGAAGCUCCCAAAGUGAAAGGGAUGGGCCCAGCACAGAAGUCGAGAGAACGGCUGCUGCACCUUCGGUCUCAUCUGGGAUGCGCCGUGCUACCACAAACCAAUCCGAGAAGUCCAUGGACACGGGUGGCAGACGGCAAGUGGCCCGUCUUCUCAACUUGGCGAGUAGACAACUCGCUGCUAGAGCACACACUCACAUGGAAGAUUCCGGAUUCAAUGCCCAAGAGAAAUUGAAAUUCCCUGAAAUCCCUGGCGAAUCCCUGCGAAAUGGCAAACUGCCAGAUUUUCAGAGGGCAUAUAGCAAUACGCCGCUGCCACGAUCCAGGGCCACCAGCUUUGCUGGUAGCGUAGACUCCGACUCGUUCAAUGGUGAGGGGAGCUCACGAAUCCUUCAGGGUCCUUUCCGACAACUAUCGUUGCAGGUUCCAGCUCCAGCACGAGUUAGCGGUCGUCGGCCACACUCCAAUACUCUUCCAUCAAGAAGAAGCUCCUUCGAAUACAGUGUGCAACGCGACGGCGCGAUCACGCCCAAUGAUCUCUCUGGGGGACCGAGUAGCUCGGAUGAGCUGUCGCCAUUGGAACAGCAACCUAGACAAUCACCUGUGAACCCCUCCCCGAACGCUUUGCAAAUCAACUUGGAUGCGCCUUCUCUGCGUGCUCAAAGCCCGGCACCACAAAUUGUUGUUUCUCCAAGUAAGAAAGAAGAAACAGACUCGGAGUGAGUCAUCAGUAGUGAACUGGACUCUUGGGUAUCUGUGCUGAGAAGCCAUACGGGUCCAAGCAGGGAACGAGCCUAGAUGCUUGUCCUGGAAGCUUGUUAUAUUGCAACUGCGGGCAGUAUACGUGACAAGCGAAGCAAUUACGGAAAUAGAUGUGGAUGCUAUGCCUUUGUAUAAAUACAAUUUUUGGGAAAGAUGUGCACUAACAUGUACGGAACGAAGAUUGACGUUGUACUAACGAAUUGCAAAUAUAAUAUCAUUCUAUCAAAGCGAUCUGGUAUCAAGGUACAUGAAAUUAAACAAUACCAACUGCUGCCAACCAACUUUCUG